GAGGUGUACGGUGCGAGGCAGGAAGAUGCGUAUUUCGCUGGCUGCAUCUGCAAUAUGACGGGGACAGAAAGAAAAAGUCGGAUGCGGGCGGCGCGCGGGCGCUUGUGCGCUGGUCCUCCUUUGCGCACAAAGUCACAAACUCGCUCACCGCCAUGGCAGACAAGUGCCCCGUCGACCACAGCUCUCUCGCCGGCCCAUCCGAAAAGUGUCCAGUCGACCACCAGCAGCGCUCGACAUGGGCAAGCCUGUUCCCAUCCUCCUCCAAGGAUGCGCCAGCUCACCCGCCCGCACCCGCACCCCUGCCGCAAGACCGCGAGACAUCCUCGAUCCCUCGGGUUGAUGGCAGCAACUGGGUGUAUCCCUCACAAGCACAGUUUUACGCCGCCAUGGCGCGGAAGAAUCACAACCCCCAGGCGACGGACAUGAAGGUCAUCGUGCCGAUCCACAAUGCCGUGAAUGAGCGUGCAUGGCAGGAGGUCAUGAAGUGGGAAUCGGGUCAGGGCGGCGACGUGUGUGGUGGAGUGAAGCUCGUUAGCUUCAAGGGGAGGCCGAAGGACUUGACACCGAAGGCGCGGUUGAAGUCGCUUCUCGGUUACUCUGCGCCCUUCGACCGCCAUGACUGGGUUGUCGACCGUUGUGGAACGCGCGUCCGAUACGUGAUCGACUUCUACACAGGCCAUUCCGGCAAGGCCGGCAACCUUUCGUUCUACCUCGAUGCCCGACCAGCUCUCGACACUUGGGAUGGUGCCCGCAUGCGAGUCGAACGGUUCUGGGAACGCUGGGUCGGGAAGAUGUGGAGUAGUAAACCGACACCUCCGGAGUCGGUCCCGUCGCGUUCAUAGUUCUCGUAUCAUCCUAUUCUACAUUUGUACCAUGCAGCUCCCUGCUACUCACUCUUGCUCAUAUAUUAGCGCUCUGUAAUGCCAGCCAAUCACACAGGAUCCAUUACAGACCCAGGAU